UGCACCUACACCGGCAUGCACUGCAGCCUCCUGGUCAGGCCCACCAACUCCGAGGCCAAGGGGGCCAUUGACAGCUUCAAAUUAGUUCCCAAGCACAAAAGAAAAGUCCAACCCAGGAAGAUCUCUGCCAUAACAGCCACCAGGAGACCCGGUGAGGCCAAGGAGAAGGGUCACAAGAAACCAAGGGAGGCAAAGAAGGACACCCCCAACUCAGGCGAGGUGAAAAAGGGACCCAGGAAGGCAAGAGAGGCGAUGAUGGGUCCUACCAAACCAGCCAAGGAGAAGGCUCCCAAGAAGGGCAGCCAGACCAAAGACCAGGAGGCAAGACUGAGUGAGGCCAAGAAGGCCUCCCAACAGCCAGACAAGGCUACGCAGCUUCCCAGCGCCACUGGCCCGAGAGGGAAGUCAAAGGUCACAGGCAGAAGGAGCAACCAAGAUGGGGAGGCCCACGGGAAAAUGAAAGCUGGGAGCUGGAGUUCAAAAUCCACGGUCCCCCAGGACAAGAAUACUGCUGCUCCAUCGGCCAAAAAGAAAGAAAACAAGGUCCUCAAGGAAGUUGUUGCCCGUGGGGCCACGGGAGGGCCCAGGGCCAAGGCUGCUGUUCUUCCUGGGGCCGGUGGGUCUAAGACCGUGUCCGCACCCCUGGUCAGGAGGACAGAGGCCCCCAAGGGCCCUAGAAGGCCGGGUAUGCCCACCAAGGCCUCAUCGUCCAAAUUGGCCAGUAAGAAAACAGAAGCUGAAAGCUAGAGCUGGGGUGGAAAAAGGCUGAGAUUCUGCUGGAGUUUUUAUUCCCCAACACACAUUCACUCUAUUUAUUUCAUUGUAACCUAUUUAUCAAU